AUGGAAACCGAAUCCCUCGAGUGGAGGUCACAAGUCCCCUUCACUUCCUGCGAUCGGCUCAGGGUCAAGUGCAGGGGAUCCACUCAAUCACCAUCACCAUCCUCAAAGGACUCUCCUCAAGAACACCGCCGAUCGAUCAUGUCGCAUCCACUCGAGGACGGACACCCGAACGAGGAGGAAGGAGAGGCGUGGGAACGCGAAGCGAGGCAUGCGCCAGAUCAUUGUUCUCAGGAUGAGCGCAUGAAACACAAUGAGACGGAAGGAGUCUGA